CCAAUUAUCAGCUGCAUUGUCUAGACAACAUGUCAAUUGGCUAAAUAUUUCUUCGACGCAGUACCCGCAAACGUCAGUUCCUAACGCUAAUUUACAUGCAUCCGAAUCAUCCCAUCAAUUAGUCGAUGUGCCAAACCUCUCUUCGAUGGAAACCCCAAUUAACGCUAAUUUACCUGCAUCCGAAUCAUCCCAUCAAUUAGCCGAUGUGCCAAACCUCGCUUCUAUGGAAAAACAAACUAACGCUAAUUUACCUGAAUCCAAAACAUCCCAUCAAUUUUUCGAUGUGCCAAACCUCUCUUCGAUGGAAUACCAAAUUUCUAACGCUGACUUUGUCUGA